AUGAGCCAGCGGAAUUUGGCCGCCACGGACCCGGCAGACGCCAAGGUGUCCUCCGACAGCUCUUCGGGAGAUCAGUCGAACUCGGGAAACACGUCUGUUCCUGUUUCGUCAACGUCCUCGCCUGGAUCGGUCAACAAUCUGGCGUUGAACUUAAGCUCUAACGACCUUGAAGGGAUGGACAGCGAUGUUGAGAAGCUCUUGGAGUUGCUCAACGUUACAGAAAUGAAACUGGAUCUCAAGGAAUCGAUUCCUUCCUCCGAAUUACAACUGCUCCUACAACUGGUGAGACAAACUGUGCUCCGAAUAAACCUCAAUAAAAACCUUGCAAAGUACCAAUUGAGGAAUAACAUCGAGGAAUACGCCACAGAGAGACAAUUGUUAAUGAAGAACCUGGCCAACGUGGAAAAGAACCUCCGCAUACUGCAAAACGAGAAUGAAAUCAUCAACAUGAAGAACCUCAAGCUCAUAAAGAGCUUGAAAACCAUCAAACACGACAAGGUCAAGACGCUCAAGGCAGAGAACGCGCUCCUCCGCAAACAGAUACAGGACCAUUCAGGCCGAAGUCCAACCAUCCUAGACGCUCUAGGACGGGUGGCGUCCCACGUGUUGCAAGAGGAGGGCGAGUAG